CCUAUAAUGAAUAUUAUACAAGAAAUGUUUUUUUCUCUCUUCAUUCUCACCGUAAGUCAGAAUGUAACUGCGAAAUCUAUUAUCGCGGGUUAUUCGCCUGGAAUAUGUAGCAUGCCAGUCAUUAAUGAAACAAAUUGUUUAAAUGAUGAACUUCUUCAGAAUGUUCUCUUGUCGAAUUCUAUCGAAUGUGCACGUACAUGUAGAACAGGAGAUUCAAAAACAUGUUAUUAUAAAUUUGUGAUUGAACGUUAUCCUGUUAAUGGCUACGCAUGCAAUCUAUGCAUACCGAACAUUACAAAUAGCUUAUGUGCCGAUUGCCAAUGCGUUCCUGGAGAUGGAACACAACGAAUGGCUUUAACUGUCAAUAGAAUGAUACCAGGUCCAAGUAUACAAGUUUGUCAAGGAGAUUAUGUUGUUGUUGAUGUUGUUAAUCUCUUAGCCUCAGAUUCAGUGACUAUUCAUUGGCAUGGUAUUUUCCAACAAGGUUCUCCUCAUUAUGAUGGUGUUCCACACUUGACACAAUGUCCGAUUUUGAUGCACGAUACGUUUAGGUAUCAAUUUUUUGCUAAUAACUAUGGUACUCAUAUGUGGCACGCUCACACUGCAGCACAGAAAUUAGAUGGUAUAUUUGGUAGUUUCAUUGUUCGAGAACCAAUCGAAAAUGAACUUUAUUCGAAUCUUUAUGACUUCGAUUUAGCAAAUCACAUAAUUAUUGCUAAUGACUGGUUCAAGGAAGAGUCUACAGCUCGAUUUCCAGGUCGUAGAGCUGGUGCGGUUCGACAGAUUGCUGAUUCAUUCUUAAUCAAUGGAAAAGGAAGAUUCAUAGAUUCCAGUGGUGUUACAACAAAUAUUCCUUUUGAAAUGAUUACUGUAGACGCUAAUCAACGUUACCGUUUCCGUUUCAUAAAUUCUUUUUGUACUUCUUGUGCUGCAGAAUUAAUCGUCGAAAAUCAUAAUCUUACCGUUAUUGCUUCUGAUGGUCAAUUUUUAAAACCUGAAGUAGUUGAUUCUAUAGUUUCUCUUGCUGGGGAAAGAUACGAUUUUAUCAUUAAUGCCGAUCGAGAACCUGGUGCAUAUUGGAUACAACUUCGUGGAUUAGAUGAAUGUAUUCAUAAUCGUGUGCAACAAUUAGCCAUUUUACAAUAUGAAGGAGCGUCAACUACAUUAUACACAGAUGAACCUACUCAUGAUAAUCCUCUUACUUCUGGAAUUGUAUUGGAUAUGGCAGCCAACAAUUGCAAUGUUUCAUUUCCAGAUCAAAUUUGUGGCAAUAAAUUAAAUCAUGCCUUACCAAUUGAUUCAGAUAUUUUAAAGAAAAAACCUGAUGUGAAAUUAUUUUUAACCAUAGGUUCAUAUAAUUAUAAACCAAAAGAACUUUUCACACCCAAUACGUAUAAGAGUUUUAUUGUUCCAUCACCAAAUAUUACAUCAAUCACUAUGUUGAACAAUAUAAUUUCAAUUUCUCCAUCUUCUCCACCACUUUCUCAAUUGCAAAAUAUUUCACCGGAUAUAAUUUGUAACGCUGAGAAUUUACCAUCUAACUGCAAUUCCAAAGCUCCGUGCAGUUGUAUUCACUUGAUUAAAAUCCCAUUAAAUUCUAUCGUGGAAAUUAUUAUGAUUGAUGGAUUUGAUACAAACAUUUUACGACAUCCCUUCCAUAUGCAUGGAUUCGUAUUUUAUGUUAUGGCCAUGGGUCAACCUUUGGGUCCAAUUACAAAGACGAAUAUUAAAAUGACAGAGGAAUAUUUCAAAGAACUUGACGAUAAUAAUCAAAUAGAAAGGAAUUUCGUUUCUCCUCCAGCAAAAGAUACCCUUCCAAUACCAAAUAAUGGAUACGCUAUACUUAGAUUCCGCGCGAACAAUCCAGGUUAUUGGUUGUUUCACUGUCAUCAAAUCUUCCAUGCUCUAACUGGUAUGGAAGUCACUUUACAAGUUGGAGAACCAUCUGACAUUCCAGAAACUCCGAAAAAUUUUCCAAGAUGCGGAAAUUUUAAACCGGCAAUAGAAUUUUAAGAUAGAAAUAGUUUAAAAAUGUUUAUUAAAAUUGCUGAUAAAAACAAUAUUUUAUAAAUAUAAAUAUAUAUCUAAAUAUAAAAAUAU